GGAAGUGCGCUAUGCAGGUUGUAAUCACGAGUACGGAACUGUUUACGUUGCGGUAUUUGUGUAUUUGGCAUAUCCUUAAAAUUGGACGAAGUCCUGCAACGUCAACAAAACCAAAGACUUUGAAUUGACUCGAAGGAUGACUUGGAAGGGGACACUAUGUAUCCUCCUCUCCCUCAAUGUGUUUCUCAACCUAUCCUCUUUCUGUGAUGGUCAUCCCCACUCUGCACAAACUAUAAAUUCAGGAUCUGCUGUCAGAGUCUUAUCCAAUGAUACUGCAAAGAGAGCUGGGGUUGCAGCUGAGGUAGCAGGCUAUGCUGAUGUGGCCAAACAGAUCAUUGACCUGGCUGUGUUCGGUGCUGCCCAGAACCGCUCUUACAGACGGCUCGCAGACUUUACUGACACUAUAGGAAACCGCGUCAGUGGCUCAAACAACUUGGAGAUGGCUAUUAAAUACAUGUACAAUGCCAUGGUGCAGGAUGGGUUGGAUGUACACCUGGAGCCAGUAAAAAUCCCACACUGGGUACGGGGGAAGGAGAGUGCAGAGAUGACUGCUCCUCGAGCCAAGACUCUGGCUAUACUGGGAUUGGGUAGCAGCGUAGGAACACCCCCUGAAGGUAUUGAGGCAGAGGUGUUGGUAGUUCAGUCUUUUGAGGAACUGAAGCGUCGAGCCAGUGAGGCCGCAGGAAGGAUUGUGGUUUUUAACCAGCCAUAUGUUAGCUAUGGAGAGACAGUGGCAUACCGUGCUUAUGGUGCCUCUGAGGCAGCCAAAGUAGGAGCUGUGGCUACACUCAUUCGAUCAGUCACUCCAUUCUCUAUUAACAGUCCCCACACAGGCUGGCAGGACUACCAAGAUGGAGUGAAGCGCAUCCCCACAGCCUGCAUCACUGUGGAGGAUGCUGAGCUGAUGUGGCGUAUGGCACAAAGAGGUCAGAAAAUUGUGGUUAAAUUCACCAUGGGAGCCAAGACCCUUCCUGAUGCUGACUCUUUCAACACGGUGGCUGAGAUAAAAGGCUGGCAACACCCUGAGCAGGUUGUCUUACUGAGCGGACAUUUGGACAGCUGGGAUGUGGGCCAGGGUGCCAUGGAUGACGGAGGCGGAGCCAUGAUUUCCUGGGAGGCCCUGUCACUCAUCAAAGACCUUGGUCUGCGUCCAAGGAGAACUUUGCGAACAGUGCUGUGGACAGCCGAGGAACAGGGCGGAGUCGGAGCACAGCAAUACUUUAAUCUACACAAGGUAAACAUGUCCAACUUUGACCUUGUCAUGGAGUCCGACUUGGGGACAUUCACCCCCAUUGGCCUGCAAUUUACAGGCAGUGAUGCAGCACAAAAGGUGAUGGAAGAAGUGGUCAAACUUUUGGCUCCCAUUAAUACAACCAAACUCGAGGCCCACGGUGAAGGGACAGACAUCUCACCAUGGAUGCAGGCAGGAGUUCCAGGUGCCAGCCUCCACGUGGCAGACAGCCGUUACUUUUGGUUCCACCACAGUGAAGGCGACACCAUGAGCGUCCAGGACCCUCGAGACAUGGACCUCUGCUCGGCAUUGUGGGCCGUGGUUGCUUAUGUUGUUGCAGACCUGCAGGAAAUGCUGCCCAGAUAGCACGACCUGCUGUGAACUGUACAUCUUUACAUAAAGCAAAACUCUUGUUAAAUUAUAUUUCUAAAAAGGACUUGAUCCAAAGUCCAUUCAGAUGAAAAACUGACAUUCUGUUCAAAAUGAUUUCUUUCUUUUUGUUUCAAGACAAACUGCCACCUUUGCUAUACCAUCUACAAAAUGCCUUGUGUAGAUUAGUUAGUGACACAAACUGAUCAGCCGUCUUGUGAUACAACAUACAUCCUCUUUUUUGCACGACAGUAUAACCAUCGAUAAAAGCUUAACAGCUAUUUCAUUUUGCACAAAUCCACUCCUCCGAGUUUGUGUUUUUUCCAUCUGACCACAUGCAGCUUUCUGCACCAUCUUUAUACUUAUCAACCACACUGUGUUUGUGUGCUGUUUCCUUUAUUGUUACUAAAACUGAAUCUGAAGCAGAGGGUAGAGCAACCAUGGCAGUUUGUCUUGAAACAACUGUAAUAUUCACAUUAUGACUUUUUUUUUCCAUGAAAAAGUUUUUCGACUCGAAAUUUUAACUUUAUUCUCAAAAUGAUCUAUACAUGUUUUUCUUAAUGUGGCCCUAAUACUCCUUCGUAUCAAAGAGAUGCUUUUACAUAAUGAUUUUUAACACAGAAGAGUAUAUUAUGUUAUGAAGGAGGAGAAAUAGUUUUUUUAAUGAAUAUGUUUUUAAAUUUAGGGUUAUUGUAGACAAGGAGGGAUAAAAUAUAGAUCUGAGUACUGUAAUGUUAUGUGCAAUAGGAGGUUUGUUUAAGGUGUGUGAAAUUAAAGAAAUGGACUACAAAGUUGGGGAACUCCUGAGUCCACGUCUUUCUCUGUUUCUAGUCUUCUUUAAGGAACCUUUAAAAGCUGUAAUGGUUUUCACUUUAAGAAAAAAAAUCAUUUGUGGUUAAUUUUUCUAAGUAUUUUCAGAGUCUUUGUAUUUCCCCCAGUGCCAGUUUCAGUUUAAGUAACAGCUGACAUUGAUCGUACUACACAUUAACACCCAUCUUCUCUUUAGCUGCAGUUCUUUCUUUUAACAUUGUUUCUGUGAAAAAAGGGGGAAGAAUGACACCAGAGCAAAUCACACUACACAUCUAGUUCACAGAAAGAAGAAGAAGAAAGCAGAAUAGACGAGCAGGAGCAGAUAUGAUGGUGGAUCACACAUGGGAGGAGAGGAAGUAAAGAUUAUUAAUCACUUUGUGCGUGUUAUGUAGACCAUCACAGCAGCUGCAACAAACACAGCUGGGAUCUCUUACCCCAUGCACUGACAAGUCAGCACUUCCAGUGGGUGAAGUCAAGGAUAGUCAGCCAGCCAGAUAAACUCAGCGUGUGUUGAAACACGGAAAUUAUCAGCUUUGUGUCGUGUCUGGUGAGAUGUUCAUGUGUCACUAACACUGACUCACAUUCAGACAGUUGUGGUAAUGAAGGAACAGUCUGCAUCUGUGGGUGUUUUGCAUGCUCGAGUUAAACAUAUGUGCCACUGACGUGUCCUAUUUAAAGCCGUGUGGCUUUCUGAAUUUAUUUUAUCCUGCUUAACUGAAUUUCAGUAUCCUCAAAUAUUCAUCCCGAAUGGACGCCAUUAUUCCAUGAUGUAGCGAGCAGUGUUGCUUUAUUUUGCUUACCAGUGAAUUGGCUAGCUGGAAUAUUGCAAGGAAAAUGGCAAAGGCUUUGUCAAUUGCUUGUGACCUCUUAUUCACGAGGUGUUACCACAGCAGAUAGCUCCACUGAUAUUUAUGCCGGAUGCCCUUCCUGGCACAAUCCCAAAGGGUUUUGUGUCUCCUCCCAGGAUCAGAUCCGGUCAAAAGUAUCCAAGAUCAAACUGAUCGUUCAUUUGUUAAGCAAAUCUGUAAACCAUGACACUGUGCUUAACAUGUGUCUUUUUUUGUCCAAACAUGAAACAUAUUCAUUUCCUUUCUGGAGUAAUCCGAUAGUCUUAAUCAACCAGAAGACAUCAGGCAGGCUAGCGAAUCAAAACAAUCAAUUUCAAAUGUAAUCUGUUUACUUUGGAGAACCAGACUUAUUAAAGCAUGCUUGGUUUAUGUACAGUUGUGGUCAGACGUUUACAUCCACUCAUCAUGGGGAUGAAUGUCAUGGUAAUUUGAGGCUUUUCAU